AAUCCGUGGGAGGAUGAGGAGGUGGAGUACAAUUCAGCUUUAAACAAGAAGAGACAGGCUUUCAAGCAGUACAUGGGUCGAAUUGACAGAAAUAAACCCAAAAGUUACAAGAUUCAAAUCUGGGGGAAAGCUGCAAUAGUUUUUACACCGGCCCAGCAGUGGUUCAGGGACACGUUCCUCUGGAAAUGAACAGCCUGGUUUUGGUUCUCAACGGCCGAGAACAGCAGAAGGUGUCUUACUCCAUGAGGUGGCUGGAGCAUGUUCAAGCUUUGGUUCAGUCCAACACGGUAUCGCAUGUGGCGGUGGUGCUGCUGGGCAACGAACAAUGCAACAACGACUGGAUCGCCCCGCAUUUGAAGAGAAACGGCGGCUUUGUAGAUCUCUUGUUCCUGGUCUACGACAGCCCGUGGGUCAACGACAAGGAUGUGUUCCAGUGGCCUCUGGGUGUUGCAACAUACAGAGAGUUCCCUAUGAUCAGAGCCAAUGCACAGCUGAUAACCUCCAACCGGCCAUACCUCUGUAACUUCCUGGGUACUGUUUACAAAAAUUCCUCCAGGGAAGUCCUGAUGAAUGUGCUGAAACAGUCUGGCCUAGAUAAGGAAUGCCUCACAGCUGCCAGGGAAAAAUGGCUUCCACAGGAAACGGCUGACAGUCUGAGACGCUAUCAGACGGCUUUGGCCCAGAGCGAGCUCACCCUAAGCCCGGUGGGAAUCAACACAGAGUGCUACCGCAUCUAUGAGGCAUGCUCGUACGGCUCGGUGCCCGUCGUGGAAGAUGUCCUCACUCCUGGGAACUGUGCAGCAGGUUCUGGCUCCCCACUACGGCUCCUGAAAGCUGCAGGGGCGCCCUUCAUCUUCAUCAGCGACUGGAGGGAACUGCCGGCCAUCUUGGAGAGAGAGAGGGGAAUGAGCCAUGAGCAAAGGGUGGACCGGAGGAGGAGGCUGCUCGACUGGUACUCUGGCUUUCGUCAGCAGAUGAAGGAGAGGUUCACUGAGAUCAUAGAAGAGAAUUUUUUCAAAACCGUCUGACUGGUGCUUUUAAAUCUCAACAUGGUUAACAUUAAUUGCUUUCAAUAUCAUUUAUUUUGUUUGUGGCAAAACGUGAUGUACUUCUGACAUAGUGAACGGGGUUAUGUGCAGUGAUGUACUCCGAGGUUGGUCUAAAAAAACGUUUUGUGGUCAAAUUAUAAAGGUUGCCAUUAUUACUAUGUAAUUUAUAUAGUUGCAAUGUUUACAGCUGUGGGAUGUGCAGGCAUUUAGAAAUCACUAAUUGUAAGCUGCCUUUGCAUUUCAUUGUCCAUAUGUUUUGUUUGAAUUUAAGUUUUGUGGUUUUUAUGCACUGGAAAUUGUUUUAUGUUUUCAAAAGAAAUAGUGUUGAAAAACGUGCUUUUAAGUUUUAAAUGUAAAAAAAAACACUUUAAAUACAGUCCCUUUUUUAUUAUGAGAACCUAUAAAGGAAUGUUGAUGUAUGAUAUCUACUUUUAUGAUUGAAAGUGACGUUUUCAUUUGUUUACAUUUCUAUUCUAUUUAUUUUGAGUUCUGUUGUGCAUGAGCUUUUUAAAAAUAGUGCAGUCAAAUAAAGUGGAGUCUUAUCUAAAGGAAUGUUGAUUGAUUUAGUUAAGGGCUUUACUUAAAAUGGUUCUACAUUAGUACACUGCUCAAAAAAAAUAUAAAAUAAAAUAAAGGGAAAAUUCAAAUAACCUAUAUCUGAAUGUAUGACAUAUUCUUUUUGAAUAUGAGAAUAAACUUUACAAAGUUAAAUUUGCUGACAGCAAAAUCACAAAAAAAGUCAAUUGAAAUCAAAUUUAUUAACCGGUGGAGCUGUGGCAGAGCAAGGCUUUUAAAACAGGGGUUGGCAAGGUAAUAUUUAAAGUGUUCAUUUAGACUACAAAACAAUUAUCUUCUGCAAAAUGUAUAUUGAUUGAAUUAAAGUUGUUUAUUUUCCAAAAUGUAUACAAUUAUGUACUGUACAAUGUAUUAUAGAUUAAAUAUACAGCAAAAAUAGAAAUAAACAGGUACUCAAUGGACCUGUCCAAACCAGGCAGGACAAGCAGUUGUGCACAUUUAAAUGUGUACCCCAAAAAGAAUAAUAGUACAACAAAACAAAAAAAUCAUACAGCCCUUUUAAAACUGACUAUAGUUGACCACUGCUCAGUGAUAUGA